CUCCCGCAUACCGACAGACCGACGGAGCGACCGACAGACAGAGAGAGAGACAGCCAGCGGGGAUCAGGGACCCGUCACUCAGCGUGGAGCCAACCUGCACUGUUAUUAUAUCUGUCACUGUACACCGUAGAGCUACACAUUUAACGGAGACACCAUGUCCAAGGGACCAGCAGUUGGUAUUGACCUGGGCACUACCUACUCCUGCGUAGGAGUGUUUCAGCAUGGCAAAGUUGAGAUCAUUGCCAAUGACCAGGGAAACAGGACCACACCCAGUUAUGUUGCCUUCACUGACACUGAGAGGCUGAUAGGGGAUGCAGCCAAGAAUCAAGUGGCCUUAAACCCCAACAACACAGUGUUUGAUGCCAAGCGUCUUAUUGGGCGUCGGUUUGAUGACAGCGUCGUCCAGUCAGACAUGAAACACUGGCCUUUUACAGUCAUUAAUGAUGCUUCACGCCCAAAAGUAAAGGUGGAGUACAAGGGUGAGACCAAGACUUUCUACCCAGAGGAGAUCUCCUCUAUGGUGCUGAUUAAAAUGAAAGAGAUUGCAGAGGCAUACCUCGGCAAGACUGUAACAAAUGCUGUUGUAACCGUGCCUGCCUACUUCAAUGACUCUCAGCGUCAAGCCACCAAAGAUGCAGGGACCAUCUCAGGACUUAAUGUCCUUCGUAUCAUCAAUGAGCCAACUGCUGCUGCUAUUGCUUAUGGCCUGGACAAAAAGGUUGGAUCUGAAAGAAACGUGCUCAUCUUUGACUUGGGCGGUGGCACCUUUGAUGUCUCCAUCUUGACUAUUGAAGAUGGCAUCUUUGAGGUGAAGUCUACAGCAGGUGACACACACUUGGGUGGUGAAGACUUUGAUAACCGCAUGGUCAACCACUUCAUCUCUGAGUUCAAACGCAAGUACAAGAAAGAUAUCAGCGACAACAAGAGGGCUGUGCGUCGUCUGCGCACUGCUUGCGAGAGGGCCAAGCGCACGCUGUCAUCCAGCACUCAGGCCAGCAUCGAAAUCGACUCUUUAUACGAGGGCGUCGAUUUCUACACAUCAAUCACCAGGGCCAGGUUUGAAGAGCUGAAUGCAGACCUGUUCCGUGGAACCCUGGAGCCUGUGGAAAAGGCUCUUCGUGAUGCCAAGAUGGACAAGGCCCAAGUCCACGACAUCGUGUUGGUGGGAGGAUCCACACGUAUUCCCAAGAUCCAGAAGCUGUUGCAAGACUUUUUUAACGGAAAGGACCUCAACAAGAGCAUUAACCCUGAUGAGGCAGUGGCCUAUGGUGCAGCUGUGCAAGCAGCCAUCCUGUCAGGAGACAAAUCAGAGAACGUGCAGGACUUGCUGCUGCUGGAUGUGACCCCCUUGUCUCUUGGGAUUGAGACUGCUGGGGGAGUCAUGACUGUACUCAUCAAAAGAAACACCACUAUCCCAACAAAACAGACCCAGACUUUUACCACCUAUUCUGACAACCAGCCUGGUGUCCUCAUUCAGGUCUUCGAGGGUGAAAGAGCCAUGACCAAAGACAACAACCUUUUGGGUAAAUUUGAGCUGACUGGAAUCCCUCCUGCCCCUAGAGGAGUUCCUCAGAUUGAGGUGACCUUUGAUAUCGACGCCAAUGGCAUCAUGAAUGUGUCCGCUGUCGACAAGAGCACCGGGAAAGAGAACAAGAUAACAAUCACCAAUGACAAAGGUCGAUUGAGCAAGGAGGACAUUGAGCGUAUGGUCCAGGAAGCAGAGAAGUACAAGGCUGAGGAUGAUGUACAGAGAGAGAAAGUGACUGCCAAGAAUGGCCUGGAGUCCUAUGCCUUCAAUAUGAAGUCUACCGUGGAGGACGAGAAGCUGAAGGACAAGAUCAGUGACGAGGACAAACAGAAGAUUCUCGACAAGUGCAACGAGGUGAUCAGCUGGCUGGACAGAAACCAGACUGCAGAAAAAGAGGAGUUCGAGCAUCAGCAGAAGGAGCUGGAGAAGAUGUGUAACCCCAUCAUGACCAAGCUGUACCAGAAUGCCGGCGGGGCACCGGGGGGAAUGCCAGGUGGGAUGCCAGGUGGCUUCCCAGGAUCUGGUGGUGCUCCUGGAGGAGGGGCGUCCGCCGGCCCCACCAUUGAAGAGGUUGACUAAACUAGAGGUUUACUAGACUUGCAUGAGCUUCUGCUCUGAGCUUAUUGUUAAGGGUGACUGCAUUUGAAAUAUCACAGGGUUCUAACUCCCAAUAUUCAAAAACAUUAACCACCUCUGUUCUGGGAUUGUUUUUAUACAUUUUGCACUUUUCACUGUGGAUUUUUUGGUAGGCGGCCUUUCCAGGUGUCUAUGUUGCGUUCAGUUAAACCAAUUAAUGUCUGCUUUACCACAGUGUGUUUUCCUUUCUAAGUUGGUUUAUGAGGCUGAAAUGGUUGCUAUGUCUUGAUACUUUGCACAG